AUCCAUCCAUCCAUCAGUCAGUGCUGUCUGUCUGUCUGUCUGGCCAGGCCAUGCCUUGCCAUCCAGCUAUCGAUAAUUAAAUCGAUCGCCACACCACAUCAGUCACGUCACACCAUAUCUCAUGUCAUGUCAUUUCGACACACACUCACUCCAAAUAGCACGCGCAGGUAGGUAGGUAGGUGGUAGAAGGAGAGACACACCCACCACCAGGCCCACAACUCAUCAUCUGAAAUGCCUGCCUCUCUGUCUGUGUCCUUAUCUGCUUCCUUGCGUCAAUCAGAGCCUCCCUGCCUGCCUGCAUGCCUCGUAGUAUGGCGAAUUGCCCGCUCGCUCACUCACCCCUCCACCAAACCACUCAGUCUUUCAUUCAUUGAUUCAUUUGGAAGACCCGACACGACCAAAUCACCCCCUCCCCUCCCCUCCCUGGACUGACAUACUGACGUACUGCGCAAGACCGACAAACGAACCAAUAGAGUGUGUGUGUGUGUGUGUGGCGAGCGAACCAAUAAGGUAUAUGGGUGUGUGAGUGCGAAUGGGGAGACGAAGGGCAUCUGGUUCCUCUCUCUCUCCUUCCGUCUCGCUCGCUCUCUGUCUGUCUGUCUUGUCUGUCCGGCCCGAUGGGCUCCUCUGCUCCCUCCUUGGCCCAGGCCGCCAACGCCCCGCCCCCACUCAUGUCAUGCCCGCGAACACGCGGUAACUAGUAUAUACUUGACACACUCGCACGCACACGCACACGCACGCGACACACGCCAUGCAAUCGAUCAGAUACAACACAACACGCAUACAGAAACAAACGUGCUCCUCUCACUCCACUCCCCGCCGCCCGCUCCAUCCAUCCAGCCAUUCUGUGCACACCACGUCAUCGCAGGCAGGUCAGCUGAGAGCGGGACACUUACUGCACUGACCGAAUCGAUCAUAUCCUCCACACGAAAAAAGCACACAGACAGACGUACGCAGCCUACAUCCAUCCAUCCAUUUGUUUGUUUGGUAGGUAUACCCCUCAUUGAUUUCAUUGGCACGCACCACAACCCCCCACCACCCCGUCCCGCCCCUUUGGCCCCCAGAUGGAUGGAUGGAUGCAUCAGCAGCCAUCGUCAGCAGCAGCACCCCACCAGCACCAGCACCGCCAGCCGACCAAAAUCACUACAGCAGCAGCGAGGCGAGGCAGAAGGAAGACACACACACACACACACGGGCAGGCAGGCACGGAGGCAGGCGGGCGGGCCAGCAGCUGUCUGUCAAUCGACGAACGAACCAAGAGCCCUGAGGGGGAGCGACGAAUUAUCCUUUUCUCUCUGUGUGUGUUAGGAACUAGCGGGCCAAAAUUGCUUGACGCAUAGUUAGUAGUAGUCGCUUGCUGGCAGGGAGGGAGGGAGGGAGGGGGAGGGAGAAGGAGGGAGGGGGCGAGACACAUCCAUCCAUCCAGCGCUGCAGGCGUGGCGCGACGUUGACAGAGCUACCGCCACACCACCCACUUCCCCCGCCCCCACACGUACUCAUUCAUGCACUCAAUACUGUAUAAAAAACACCGCAAGCCAAGCCACGGGCGUUUUAGCCCGCCUAUCACCAACCAACCAACCAACCAACCAAAGAGAGAGAGUCACUCAUGUGAGUGAGUGAGAGAGUCAGACCAGACCAGGGGCCUCACCGACCGACCGACCGACCGACCGACAGACCAACCAACCAAGAGGCCUCCCUCCCGCCGCAUUUAUGCCCCUGCCGCCUCGCCUUGCCGCUGCAUUGAUUCGUCCAUUCAAUCCAUCCUGCCUGCCAUCCAUCCAUCAGUCAGGCCAUAGUUAGUGCCAAAAAUGUGGGCAGUGGUUAGAUGAGGGCGUGUGUACGUAUGGUGGUCAAUUGUGCGUGCGGUGGGGCCUCUCGAGGCGUGCCACAGCCAGGCAGUCAGUCGGACGGCCGCACCGCACCCCACCCGUCCCAUAUAUCCCAUGCCAUCCCCCCAAGCCAUUCACUCACUCCACCACCGACCCGCCCCCCCACACACGUAUAGAAAGAGAGAGAGCAGUGGCACGAAAGACAGAAGUAAGUAAUCAGGGAGAGAGUAAGCAGCACCCACACACCAUACACACACGGUACACCCACUCACCAUCCGUCCCGUCACCCACCCGUCAGCCGUCCGCAAGCCGGCAGGCACCCCACCCACAGGAGGUGAGGCAUGGCAUCAGAGAGAGGGAACGCGGGCCUGUGCAAGGCAGACCCGCCUUAAUUAUUAAAAUGUGCCUCGAGCGGAUCUGAUCGCUCUCCUCGUCUCUGUCGCUUGGGUGUCCUUGUCUGUCUUGUCCAUCAUCGUAUCAUCGACCCUCUACACACAUGACUGACACGACUGACUGACAGACACCCUUCGCACUCGAAGCACGUCCAACGACUACUUACUGACACCCACCACCCCACAGUCUGCCUGCCUGCCUGCCUGCCCGGCUCUCCUCUCCCCCUCCCAAUGCACCCAUAGACACACUUAUAUACUUCCGCCGCCCCGCCCCGCCCCACCCUGCCCCAUCCGGCCCCACCACACACACACUUGCCGAACUGCCAUGCCGCCGCACCGAUGCGCGUAUGUAGGAUAAAGAGAGAGACAAAGAGAAAGAGAGGCCGAGGGAGAGCAUGGCAUGCAACUAGGGACAACCUUUUAUCGGAGACAGUUUGGUCUCCUCUGUGUGCUGGCUGUCUAGUGCACGCAAACAUACACACAUACACACAUACAGAAAUACACACAUGCACCGUACACACGCACAAGUAGGCAGGCAGGCGGGCCGGCAAACGAACAAGAUAUUCCACGCGCGGCCGCUCCGUUUGGUGCGUAGACUCGACGCACUCGCUGCGAUAGACGCAAUCAAUGUAGCUUAGCUGGCUGGAGUGAUAGCAUAAAUGCCUGCCUGCAUGCGAUCGUAUGUAUGUAUGUGUGUACGUAUGUGUGUGUAUGUGUAUAUAUGUAUCCAUUUUAUACAGACGUACGUGCAGGUGUAUGUCAGUGGCUGGCUCGGCUGGCUGCUUGGCGGGGAGUGGGUGGGUGAGGUGACUGAGUGACUGAGUCAGUGGGGGGGUGAGAAAGCGGUUCGACCGACCGACCGACCGACCGACCGACAGGCAGACAGACAGGCAGACAGGCAGACGCACAUGACAUAAAUGUAUGUAUGUCUGUCUGUACGUACGUAUUUUGCAUGCUAGACAGACAGACAGGCAGGCAGCUGGACUGGACGGAUGAUACACACCCCUUACGUUAGCCACACCACACCACACACACACUCACACUCACACUCACACACACAGCACCACACCAACCAACCACAGCCCCCAUUCAUUUACUCACACAGUAAGUAUCCCCCCUCCCAUUAUCCCUCCCGCCACAACAUGGGGCGCCACGCCCCUCAGAUGACCGUCGUCGCACAGCCAGCCACCAACCGUCCUCCGGAUGCACACAUCUGGGGGGCACACAGACAGACGCACACAAGUACGGUGGGUGACGCUUGACGCUUGCCGUGCUGCCUGCCUUAAUUGCCGCCUGGCUGGCUGGCUGGCUGGCUGACCUUCAGCGAUUGCGUUGAGUAGUGCGGGUGUGGCGACCAGCCUGGGGCUGCCCUCUAUCGGCCACGGCCCCAACCGACGAGCCUCACCACACUGCACACAGCACAGCACAGCACAUGCCGGAAACGAUACACACACCGAUAGGCAUCGCAUCAUAGCAUCAAUGGCUGUGCGGUGCUGUCUCCUCACCAGCAGUAGGUUGAGCCCCCAUGCUCUUGCGAGGGGCUCUUCGGUCUCCGCCGGCGGCACAGGAUGGUGGGCGGGGUGUGUAUGUGUAUGUGUGUGGUGUGUGUGGCCGCUGCCGCUCUCGACGGACGGCGCCUCUCGCCCCACACAGCCAUCGGUCGCCCCGCCUGCCGGCACGUCUGACGUGUGUGCAGGGGCCCUCCGGUGAUGGCCCACCACGAUCUCGACCUUGACUGAAUGGAGCACACACAGUCCCACACGGUGCAAGGAUGGAUCUCGUCUGUGUGCUGUUCGCACCCCCCCACCUUGUGUGUGGCAGAGGUGUGGCCCCUCGAGGGCCUCACAGACGCACCGACACGGCCACUCCCACCGCACCGGCACACGCGUCACCGCCCCGUCCUGCACCGCCUCACGCACGCGACGCGCCAGGCCGACAGGGUCGACGGGCAGCAGCACGGGCAGGUGGGCCCAUGUGGAGUGGCUCUCCAGCUGGCUCACGCGGAUGGACCUCAGGAGGUUGAAGGCCACCAUGCUCUGGCACAUGGGGGGCGACGGAGAGGGCGCUGCGGGAGGGGUCUUGGCCACCAUGCCUAGCCUUACAAGGCUCGAGAGGUAGUCCUCGGCUGACUGGCUGCCAGUGCACCUCUCCCUCUCCCUCACACCGGCCUUGCUGCUGCUGGUACUGGUAGGGGUCUUCUUUGCCGAGAGCGCCCGGAGCCGGCUCUGUUCGACAUAGGCGUAGCACUGCAGCUCCUCUGGGAGAGAGAGCGCCCCACAAGGCAGCAGGGGCCCGUACUCGCUCUGCGCCGGGUGGUCCCUGACGACAGGCAGACCGGCCCCUGCCUGGCCCCCUUGCUGACCCUGGUCCCUGUUGGGCCCCACUCCUAUGUCAGAUGACAUGCUGUCGGUGGUGGGCUGGUGGUACGACACGCCCUGUGAGGGGGCGGGGAAGGGGCUCUCCUCCGUCUCGUUCUCGGUGUCCAUGCCGAGGUCGGUCUCCACGUCGAUGACCUCCAUGUCGCCGUCACCUGGCUUCAAGUCUUUCCGACCCGACAGGGCCCUCUCGCCGGUCGGCCCGCUGCCCUUGUGGGUGUGCACCACGACGAGCGGCGCGGGACGCCUGUCGUCGCUCCGGCUGCGGCUGCCCCGGCUGUUGUGCCCGCUUCCGCCUGUGGUGCUGGUGCCCUCGCUGCUGGUGGUGGCGGUGGUGCCUCCUGACUUGGCCGUGCUGACCUUCUCGUCGCCCUCCUCCUCACUGCCGUCCACUCCCGCGCCCCGCCUGACCUUCUUGAGGGUGGUGCCGUGGUGGAGGUCAGAGUGGGUGAUGCUGUUGCGGCCGCACUGGAAGAGGCCGCACAGCAUGCCCAGCAGCCGCUGGGAGAAGGGGCGGGGGCUGGGGGGAUGGUGGGCCUUGGGGAUGGGGCACGGCGCUGUCGCCGCCUUCUUGUUGAUGGGCAGCGUCGGAGGCGACACCACCUUGCUGUAGACCUCACCGGACGACGGCUUGUCCCUUGUCGACGGGGGGAGGCCAUUCAGCUGCCCGUCGACGGAUGGCGGAUGCACCCCCAUGGGUAUGGGGGAGUUAGCCGCCACAACGGACGAUUUGGCCUCUUCUCCUCUGCCCGCUGCUGUCGGGCUGCCGACGAUGCCAUGCUCCGUACGCUGUGGGUCCUUGAUGGCCUCGCUCGGCAGGUAGGGCGGGACUUCAUUGGGCAGACAUGACGGCACUGUGGGGGUGGAGAUGAGAAGGGGCAGGGCGUCGGGGGAGAUGGGCCACCGGUGUGUGGCGGGCUGGUCACCGUGACAGCCUCUUUCACCCAAUCUCCUGCCGCUGCGCCGGCGGCUCGGUGACUGCGGCGACUGUGUGGAGGAGUGCUGCAAGGCCUGCGGGCGGGUCGGGGGCGACUCAUCGGGCUUCUUGACUUGGGGGAUGGUCAUGGUGAUCCAGCUGUAGGCCAGCAGCAGGGCCUCGAUGGCCGACGCCGGGGCAGCCAGCUGCUUCCUUUGCAGAGACUCGAUCAGCUGGGACUGUGACAGCCACUCGGCGCCGCCAGACGAUGUCGCCACGCGGUAGGACGCCUGCACACAACACCACACCCAACACACACAGACAGUGACUUUGGUGCGAGACGGCGGGAGGCGAGACGAAUCGCUACUGACCGCUGUGGGCCUCAGGGUGUCAGUGCCGACGAGAGCCCGAAUGGCGAGCCCCGCCGCAGGCCCCACGGCAUGCAUCUCCAGCUCCCGGCUCUCGCCAGCCCCACUCCGACUGGCCACCCACACGGCCGUCAGGUCGUCAUCGGGCGCGCUGCUGGUGGUGCUGGCCGCGCCACUCAGCACGGGCCCCACCCUCCUGCUGCCGUUGCCGUGAUCGCCGUCCUUGUGGGCCACCGCAGAGGUGAUUGGCGUACACACCGGUGUGUUUGAGCUGGUGUGUGUGGAGCCCUUGGACACCAUGGCGGCGAUGGGCCGCUCCAAGAUCUCCAUCAGGGUGGCGUUGGACGGUGAGUGGACGUCCAGCGUGAAGGAUGCGUUGGGGGCCGUGACGUGGCGCGCCUGUGUGUCGGGUGUCGGUGCUGCUGCAGGGGCCGGGGCGGCGGGUGGUUGGGGUGUUGUUUGUGGUGGUGGUGGUGGUGGUUGCCGCUGAUUGGCUGCUGCUGCUCCGUGGCUGGGAGAGCUGCCGCGGCUGCCCUUGCGCUCCUGAUGACAAACAAGACACAGAUACACACGCAUGAAGGUCUUCCUUGCUCUCCAUCAAUGGUCCUGCCUGCCUGUGACACACCCACCAUGAGUUUCUCCUCGAUGAAUUUCUCGGCCGACAGUGCGAUGGCCAUUCCCACAUCGCCAUCCAUCCCGUCGCCGCCCGCCGAGGACGCGGCACACGACGCCUGCUCGCCGACCCUCCACACUGUACGGCCCGCCUCAGCCUGUCCCUGCCCCUGCCCCUGCCGAGACAUCGCCGAAACACCGGGCGAGUAGGUGUGAUGGGUGUAGAAGCUCACGAAGAAUCCCGACUGCCGGUCAUCGAGGCCCAUCGACACCUCCUCGCCCACACGAGCGAACUGGACGAGAGAGAAGCCCGGGACGGUCUGCAUGGCGGCGAGGAGCCGCUUGACGACGCUACUAAGGCGCAUGGCCGAGCAGCUGAGGGGGUACUGCAGCUUGACGUGCAUGCCUUCUUGGGCUGCUGGCGGGGGAGAGCUGCCCGUACUGGUGUUGGUGCUGGUGCUGGCGGCCGCCACCUGAAGCCUUGGAAGCAACGGGUGAGAGGGCGGCAACAGGCUGGCGAACUGGGGCACCACCCACUGUUCCCCUGGCCGAGACACAUCCCGCCCUCCGACGCUGCCGCGAGGGGCGACAAAGACGCUCGAGAGGGGCACCACGACGCCCGCAUUGAUGAGGUCGGUGAGGGGCCCGCGGAACCCGGUGGGCGAUGAUGAUGACGAGUGGUCGCUGCCACCCAGACAUCGCAGGAGGGGCCGUGUGGACACCACCCCUGAGUGUGUGGGGGCCAGGUAGCUCUGGCUGGACGUCAGGACCCGCACAGGGCCGAUCAGCGUGGCGGGGUUGUAGCAAGGGGGAGCCGUGGGCACCAUGUGGUGGGUCGUGUAGGGCUGCUCCUCGCUGGAGCUGCCUCGCAGGACCGUCACGACCUGCUUGAUGAGCACGGCCUCCUUGUCCUUGGUCCGCCUGGUCUUGCCAGGUGUGCCGUUGUGAGAAGAGACCACCUCGCCCAGCUCGGCGAAGUUGCCCUGCCACACCUCCAGCGAGUUGCCGCCCACCUUGUUCAGAAAAGGGGAGGGCGGGCUGUGUGUUGACGGCGCAGCGGGCGGAGCGGGUGUCUGUGAGGGGUCGACAGGCGACGGCAUCGUGGUGACCCGGGGAGUGGCCGACUCGCGUCUGGUGUUGCGGACCACCACCACCUGGGCCCCGUGUCGGCCGGGCGCCACUCGGUCGCAGACCAUGCGUACAUAGUCGUCUCCUCCAUCUGUGUCGCCAUCGAGCACCACAAUCACCACCACCCGACCACACGCCUCCCGCCGCAGCCGGAACGAGUGGUCGAAGGGCCAUGCCGGCGCAUCCCCCGAGUGCCCAUCCUCCUUGUGGUGCGACGGCUGCACGUAGGGGGCUGUGCUCGCGUCGGCUGUCUGGAAGAGGAUGGGGCCCAUGACGGGUAUGAAGUCGCAGAAGGCGGGGCAGUCAAUGACGGUGACGUUGACGGCCUUGGUGUUGGUGCUCGGGUGGUUGGUGUGCCUGUUGCCGCCGUGGCAGGUGGGUUUGCGGUGGAAGAGGGACGUGUGGAAGCGAGGGUGGUGGAUGGCCUCCUCGGACAAACGGACAUGAUGCACCUUCACCCCGCCCUCAAGGUGGGCCUCUGUGUGGGUGUCUGGGUAACCACCCUCGCGGCUGGUGGUGGCGGUGCCCUUGCCGUCGAUGCCAUGCAGGUUGUCGACCAGCCACUUGGCCACUGUGGACUUGCCCACACGUGGCGGGCCCACCACAAUGAAGCGAGCGCUCGCCCCACCACCAGCACCCAAUGCGGCGUGCCGGUGUGUCUGUGGAGGUCCCCGGUGUCCCUCUGCGUCCCGCUGCUGGUACGACUUGGGGGUGAGUCCGAAGCUGCCCGUCACCACAGUGUCCCGCAGCGGGGGCAGCUCCAAGUUGCUGCUGCUGCUGGAUGUCUUGUUUCUCUCCCUGCUGCUGCUGUUGGUGCCGUGCGGGUGGCGGUGCGUGGUUGCGGUAGUGGCGGCGGCGUUUGUGUCGCGGGGGAAGUGGGAAUGGUGGUGGUGCUCACGCAGAGGAGAGCAGCCGUCCAGCAGGCUCAGCCGGCCCUGCUGCCGCAGCUGCCGCAACGCCUCCAACACCUGAAUGAACAGAGAGAGAAAGUUGGUCAGGUGCACCCCCCCAUCAUCAUCAAAUCAAGCUUGCUGAGCUCUUUUGUUUGUGUGAGCUGAGGUGUGUGCUGUGUUGCUCCCUCCCUCACGAUGUCUUUGUAGUUUUGCUGUUCCCUCUGCUCCCUCAGGUAGGUGUGCAUGGUCUCAUGACACAUAAGGUGCCGGUCAUUCAGCACCGCCAGGCACUCCAUCAGGCCCGCAAACCGCUGCUCAUCGAGCGCCUGAUACAGAUCCACAGCUGCGGACGACGGCACGUUCGCGGCUCCCUUGAUGCUGCCGCUGCUGGCCUUGGCCCGCUCGAAGCCGAAUGACCGUUGCAGCAUGAGCAUGGCUGCCGAGAGGUCGACAUUGAGAGGGCAGUCGGGCCGCGGUGUCUUGAUGACGUGACAGAAGGGCGACAGGAGGGAUGCCGCGACGGUUCGGAAGAGUGGCGGGCGGAGGAGCCCGAUGUCGGGGUGCCGGAGGCCGCCCACGCCCUCGUCGGCCGUGCCCUUGAAGCCGCCCUUCAUCUCCCACCCCAGCCUGACACACAGGAGAGAGACAUCCCAUCACUCUCGACAGCUGGCUGGUGCGAUGUGUGGUGUUGCUGUGUCGUUCGUUUGUGUACGUACCUGUAGCUGGCUGUGGGUGUGGGCGUGGGCAUCUCGCCGAAUAUGGGGUCGACCGAGACCUGCAUGGGCGGGGAGAUGCUCCUGUUCCUUACGUCGCCCGGCAUCCCGUGCUCCCCACCACCACCGCCGCCGCCGCCAACGGGGCGGUCCGGCCCGUUGAUGAAGUGCUCAUAGAGCUGGGGCGAGUUGAGCAGCGCCACGGGGUUGCUGCUGUUGGUGUUGUAUGCGCCAGGGGCGGACACAGCCGUGGAGGUGUAGGAAGCCGUCCACUGGGGCGCGUCUGGCCGGAGGUUGGUCACGUUGGAGUAGGGGCUGCGAGGCGGGCUGGGGUCCUCCAGGAUGGCCGGCAGCGCACGUAUCGCAUCCAGCACAGCCUGAGUCGUCACGUGCGCCACGUCAACCGACCGCUCGCUGCCGCGUGCCGUGGGGGAGGAUGCUGCCCCUGCUGUGGCCCGCCUGGGCACAGAUGCCAGCAGCGGCCCGUUGGGUGCGCUUUGGUGUGCGGUGGUGAGCGAAGCCACGCCCAGUGCCUGCGGGACGUCGAUGAAGGGUGCCUCCUGCAGGAGACAGGCCGCCACGUCGAAUGCCCCCACCCUCACCGCCGCUUUCAGCGGCCGGAAUGACAGGUCCGUGGCCGUCAGCGCCGCACCGCCUCCUCCUGCCCCUGCCCCUCCGCUGAUGGGCUGUCUGUCGGGUGAGGGUGUCUGUGUCUGUGUGGACCCCUGCUUGGGUUUGAGGGCGGCGCGCAGGGGGGGUACGAUGGGGUCGGCGCCGCAGUUGAGGAGCAGGGACACCAGGGGCCGACUUUGCGACAUGAUGGCGAAGGCCAGAGGGGAGUAACCCAUGCGGUCCUGUUUGUUUCAACACGCGGUCACACACAGAAGGAAUGCAGGUUUGCAGGGUGGGUGCGUGACGGGGAGUGUUGCUGGCGUGAUUUCUGUCUGCUCUGCCCGCCUGACUGACUGACCCUUUGGUUGAGUUUGACGGCGUCUGUGCCGUUUGUCUGCAGGAGGUGGGCGGCGAUCUGGGCCGCACCACUCAGACACGCCCAGUGGAGACUCGUACGGCCGAACGAAUCUGCACAUCAGAACGUCAGACACACCGACAUGAGUAAGACAUAUAUCGAUAAGCGCCGCGUGUUCGUUGCAGGGGUGUAUGGGAGGGAGUGAGCGAGACAGACACGUACCUGUACCGCCGGGCUUAGCGCCCUUUCGAAUUAGGUAGCGCACGAGCUUGAGGUUGAUGGCCUCAGAGUUGCAGAAACUCCCGCGCGCCGCCCACAUCAACAGAGUCAUCCCACACGCGUCACGCAGCGUACCCACCGCCAAACCCUGCACACACACACACACACACACGCGCACGCGCCCCAAUAUACCUUGACGUAUAGCAGGCAUCGCAUCAUUCAUUUUGUGAUACGUACCGGUAUGUGCUGUUCGAACGCCUCGAUGACGGGCGUGAUGCCGGCCCAUGCGGCGAGCGACAAGACAGUCAGCCGCAGCGGGGGAUCGCCGCCAUUGCCACAUCCACCACCAGCAGCAGCCUCAGUAGCAGGUGAGCACGGGGAGCCGUCGGCAGCAGCCGCCCCUGAGGCUGGCGCUGCCGUCGGGAUGGCCUGACCACCCAAGUCAGCCGCCAACAGCUGACGCGUCACCUGCACACACAUAGUUGGUGCACACGCGACAGGAAGGUCACUUCUGUCUGUCUCUGUGUGGUUUGUUUGUGCAGUCAGUGUGCUGUGGUGUCCUCACUCACCGCUCCGCAGAAGGUGUACAGCUCCGUGACGAGGGUCCUGGCAGCGACGUCCGUGCUGCCUCUCGAAUUGAGGACCUGCUGGAAGGACGCCGCCAGCUGGCCGAAGCCACCGAGCCCAAGCAGCCCCUCGUCUCUAGACACACCACUCUCUUCGCCCCCGUCCGCACCCGCCCCCGCCCCCCUGGCUCUCCGCUGCUUCUGCAAUGGCGAGGGCAGGUAGCAGUCCAUGAGCACCCGUCGGGCCCACGACACCGUCAGCAGCACCAGCAGCGUCACGGGACACCGCUCCGCACUGGCCUCCGCGGGCCCCUUGCGUGUCGACUCCUCCAUAUUCCGCCCGGCCCUCGGGGUGCCCGGUGUCUUUGAACGACCGCCGGCGUUGUAGCGGUAGAGCUUCGGCACCGCACUGCCCGCCACUCGAGGGAUCAGAGGCCCCUCGCCGCCCAGCGCGCUAAUGCUCACGUUGGCCGACUCGGGCCCUUCGUCUGAGCCCCCCGCCUCGGACAUGAUGUCGUCAUGUCCUGGUGAAGGUGGGCAGCUGGGGGACCGCUGGCUCAUGGGGUCCAGCAGGGGACUGGAAGGGUUCAGGUGGGUGGACGGGAGGCCCACGGCCACACAGCCCCGCCGCCGGCUCUCCAGGGUGUCCAUCAAGGCCAGCUGCGUCAUCAGCUGCCGCAGGGGCGAGGCGGCUGCCAUCUGGUGGGUAGAGGAGGAUGACCCAAGGUGCAGCUGGUCUGCGGCCUGCGGCAGGGGUCGUAGCCUGGUGCCCCUGUGCUUGUUGUGGGAGCUCUCGUGUGCAGCAUUCGAUGUGUCCUCCAUGACGGCCCCCGUGGCUGCGGCGAGGAGCGUGGCAAACGAGAAGACCAGUGGGGUGGCGGACGGCUUGGCGGUCUCCCAGAUGAGCGGCAGGUCGCACAUCGAUGCGAAGCUGCGAAGGUCGAACAGCCCCGACAGCCAGCCGUCGAAGUCGUGAGCCGUGAGGGUGACGGCCACCUCCAGGCUGGGCAGGAAGAUCGGGCGCAUCAGUGCCCUCCCGCCCUCAAUCUCCAGCCGCAGGUCGGUGGCCCGCAGCUGCUGCUGCAGAAAGGCCGACAGCUCCACGGCCUGCUCACCUUCAUCGUCAUGCUUGUGUGCGGGCGGGGGCAGGAGGGCCAGACAGGUGGUGGGCAGGAUGCAGUUGACCCGCAGAGGGGACCACAUGCCGCCCCUCAGCGUCUUCCACAGCAGGUCGGGCAGCGAUGAGCAAGGAACGCUGGGGGGCGCCCCGCCGUUGGGCGUCUCGUAGGCGUGUCUGAGCUCCUGCAGGCCCAGGCUCAUGAGCCACAAGGCCACCUGGUGCGUGCCGUCAGGGUGGACGGGCACCAGCAGGCGCUCCCCCAGGAGGGCGUGGAGGUACCCUUCCCACGGGUAGCAGUUCCAUGAGGACCCCGGCGUCAUCAGCAGCUGCAGAUAGGCGAACACCAAGCCAUCCAGCUCCGCCACCGGGAUGCUCACAGGCCCGUCGGGCGGGCCCGCCACAGACCCCACUGGCGAGUGGCCGCUCAGCCACGCGCCGUCACUGCGGGCCACAUGGCAGGUCAGCCUCACUGCCGGCACGCCGCCCACCGACACCUCGGCGCCCGCCCGGCUGCCGCUGCCGCUGCUGCACUGGGACAGCACCGGGACGAACCUUCCGGUGGCUGCCGAGAAGGUCCGUAGGUCGUGGUAGGGGUCGGGCUGCUGCGGGGAGGGCGGGGGGAUGGUCAUGCCGUCGCACUCCAUGACGAACGACGAGCAGUACUCUGCGGGGGUGUCGGUGAUGCGGAGGUGCAGCGGGGAGAAGACCUCGAGGGCCAGGGUGGCCUCGCUGCCCGCCACUGACGGAAAGAGUACCGCCGCGCCCUGCGCCAGGGAGGCGUUCUUGGCGUCGUCUGUGUGUGCGGUGUCGGUGUGUGUGGUGGAUGGCGGGUGGUAUGGGGGCGGCGGGCGGGGCAGCCUGUGCCGCCAUCUGAGUCCGGCGGCGAAGAGGAGGUCCCACUUGACCAUGAAGAUGACGUUGUGUGGCGGGGGAGCCGGGGGGGAGUUGAAGAUGUGCUGGUAGUUCUCGUGCAGGUGGUAGAUCUCCUCCUGCGUCAGCAGCCGAGGGCCCGCACCGGGGUUGCGACCCACAGACUUGGGGCUACCCGGCAGGCGAAGCGACCACGAUUCCCUGCGCACACAAAUACAACACAAAAAAAAGGCGAACAGACAGACCAUGAGUGGGCGCGUGUUUGUGUGUCGAGCGAGACGGUGGCGAGCUGACCGACCCAGUGCCGUCUUUGCUUGAGGGGCUGGAGAGCGCCGCGUUAUUGAGUUGCAUCUCCAUCCUCAGCUCGAUGUGCGCCAUCAGCCGCCACAGCAAGAUCUGCUCGGGCCGGUACUCCAACUCUAUGUCUGCAAGCCAUCCAUCCAUCCAUCCAACCAACACACAGAGCGCGGUUUCCGUCUUGUUCCUCUGCUGUGUUGUGUGGAAAGGCUGCUUGUCAGCUGUCUGACCUGUGAGAAUGUGUUGUGCGACUCGGUCGAUGGGUGGGAAGUUGCGCCUCCAGCUGCAGAUUGACUCAGGCCCGUCGAACUUGCGCUUGUACACCGCUAUGUACCGCUUGCAGUGAAUCCGCAUCGCCAGACCCUCGCGCAACCUGCACACCACACCAUACACACACAAGGCCGUCUGGAGGUCUGUCUGUCUCCCUUUGCCAGGCAGGUUCUUCUGCUCGCUCAGCUCACGUGAUGGGCGCCCUCCGUAGGUAUCGCUGCAGCCUGAAGAACUCCCGCACCCGCCGCCACCUAAGCUUGCUGCUGCUGAGGUUGAGGGGGUUGUCCUGCGGGUGGUAGAAGUGGUGGCACCCCUCCAUGGCUGGCAUGAGGGGCUGGCUGAAGGCCAUGGGGCCGCCGGGAGGGAGGAUGCCGCUCUGGUGGUGGUGGUGGUAGUGGUGCGGCUGCUGGUGGUCGUGGAGGUGUCUGGUGGGCACGGGGGGUGAGAAGGAGGGCCGUGAAGGGGUGUGAGUGUGUGGAGGGGGGAAGUGGGUGUUGUGUGAGGGGAAGGACACGUGGUGGGGGAGGGCCGUGUACGGGCUGUCGGCCUCGUUGGGGUACAGCGAGCUGCGGCCGUGCAGGUAGUGCCACAACUGGAAACUCGACAUCCUGAACCACCCCAAGCGACCGACAUACACACAAUGUGCCAUGCCACCCUGAUCAUGCUUCUGUCCGCCCGCCCGCCUGCCUCCAUGUCUGUCUGUCUGUCUGUCUGCCCUUCCUCGCUCACCUUUGUUCCAGGAAACGGAUGGCCUUGAGGACCUCCUGAUUGGUCGAGAGGUCGACGGGCAGCCUCGCCAGCACGGGCGGGCAGGUAAAACCGUCGGGACAGCCGCCUCCCUGCCCCUCCUGCGACUGUGCAGCCGGCCACACGCCGUAGAAGCUGUUCCUGCUGCCCUGGGUGGCCGCAGGGAGGACCGGCGCAGAAGUGUCGGGCUGCACCCGGAAGGAGAGGUUGACGCUGUUGUACUCUAGGUCCCUGUCGGCCUCCUUGGCGCGUCCCUCGCGCACGUGUGGGUUGGCGGGGUAUGCAGGGGGCGGGGGGCGGUCCUUGGCCAUGUGGGCGGGGAUGGUGUUGAGCUGGGCGUGCAGCUGCACCCACAACGGCAGCACCAUCACUGCCGGCCGCCGGUCGAACGUCGCCCGCCGACUGGAUGCGUUCCUCAUGGGGUCCUCCUCUGCAUCGACGCAGCCGAGGUGACAUGGCAGGAGGGGAGGGGGGAGGGAGGGGGAGGGGCUGCCGGGGCGGUUGGAGUUGGCAGGGGGCUGCGUGAAGGGUCGCUGGGCAAGUGACUGACCCUCGGGCCAGUCCGUGUGGAACAGCGACACUAUCUCGGACGCCUCAAUGGCGGCGAAGAUCUGACAGCCACGCCAUACACACAACCAUCAUACACAGGCAGAUUGAUGAGGCCGGUCCGGUGGUAAGCCAACAGGGGUUGUUGUGUGUGUCGAUUCGGUUCAGUGUUUGGUUUACAUACCCCGUUGGGUUCCUGUGCGGUAGCUUCGUAGAGCGACCAGGGCACGUACAGCGGGCACAUGUGGUGGAAAUGGAGACUCACGCCACGCAGCUCCAGCUUCUCACCAAACACUUUCCAGCCCUCACCCUCGGGGUCCUCACUCCCCUCCUCCACACCACCAGAACCGCCCAGCCGCACAAUACGCCCGCGCUGGUGGCCCCGAGGCUCGCGGGAGAACUUUGGCACCUGAGGGCAACAUUCACGCCACGCAACCAGCAGCACGUCAAGCCCUUUUUCUUUGCGUGUCUGUGUGGUGUGUGUGGGUUGGUGUGUGGCUCACGAUGAGGUGUUCGGCGGGAGCUGUGGGUGCGAGGUAGGCCGACUCGAUGACGAGCCCGAAGGCAAAGGAGGAACCCUUGACAUCGACAUCAUCGCACUGCAGUCGAGAACACACACCACACACGACAAACAGCAAAGGAGAGACGGCCGUUGUGAGGCGACCCUUGGCAGUGCUCCCCUGUCUGUCCGCUUCUCUGUGGUUCGCUACUGACCUCUAGUCGAAUGUGUGCCCGGGUGAGCUUGAGUGAGAGUUUGCUGAAGUAGUCCCUGAAGGCGUUGCGGAUGACCUCCAUCUCUGCACUACCACACCCGUCGGCGGCCCUGUUGGUGGCGUCCGAGCGCCCGCCCCUGGUCUGGAGCAGCUCCAGCUGGCUGAUCUCCUGGCUGCGGUGCGUGGAUGUCUCGCUCCGGCCCAGCACCUGACACGUCGGCGCCACCACGGCAUACAGCCCGUCGAUGGCCACCUCCACAUGGCCCGUGACAAUCGACGUCACGCGGAACGACAGCGACGACACGAAGCCGGCCUUGAGCGUCAGGGGGAGGCUGCACUGCAGGAAGAACUUGUUCACCGGCUCCGGCUUGAACGCCAAGUCCCUGAAGGAAGCAAGGAAACCACACACCACACACCACGACACACACAAAAGGCACAACACACCACCCACAGGUAGCGGUGCCAAACAGAGAGAGUCCCGGUGAAAACAGCCGUGUCGGUCGGUCAGUGCGGCAAAGGUUUUGUGUGUGUGUUUUGCUAUGUCACCUGAGUGUGACUUGUCCGGCGAGUAGGCUGAUUUUGAGCUGGUCGGAGCUGAAGCCAUAGAGGAAGGCAUCCAGCUGCGUCCGGAUGGUAUCCAGCAGCUUGUCCAUCCUCGGCCACUCAAGUCACACAGCUACGCGGUGGGCGAGGCCAGAGAGGCUGCACGCGGCAUCACAGCGCCAGCGCAGAGGAAAGCCACGCAAGGCAGGCCGCUCGUGUGAUCUGGCCAGCAGGGAACUGGAAAGCGGUCCUACCGACAAAGGGCCGUAUCUGACUUGCUCUCUCUGUAUGUUGG